AUGACUGCAGAUGAAACGGUAGCAUUGAAUUCUGGGGGAUCGCGUUGCCGAGUUUCGAGGGAGCAGUAUCAGCAUGGCGGUUCUUGUCGUCUGUAG